CGAAAAUCGCAGAUCCGACCUGUCAUCUGCCAACUCGCCAACGCAUGUAAUCAGCAUGAAAGGCAAGCUGUUGCAAAGUCUGCUGUGACUCCUUCUUUGCUACACACAAUUAACAGUUCGAAGAGCAACUAACGCCAACGAUUGGAAGCGCACUGCAGAACAGAAAUUUCGUCAGUUCGAGGAUCUUCAUGCAGUCACCGCCGUGGUAGAACAUUCCCGUAUUGGGCUUUUCACGACAGAAAGAUAGUCACUUUGAGACUUAUUUCUAGGAAUUGGCAACUACAAAUGAAGACUUCGGAACGACGACUCAAGUCGUUCUUCAGAGAAUUAGAAUCAUCUUCGAACAAGAGAAUACCUCAAUUGAGCGGAUAAGAUAAUAUACAACUUGCACAAUGGGAACUCCAUUUAUUGCCUUCAUAGGUCCCACGAACCUAGAUGGAUACGAUCGCGAACUCCCUCCUUCCAAACAGCCUGGCAAUAUCCCAAAGACUUUCCUGGACGCCAUGGAGAUCAGGGAGGAAGUAUUCGUACGAGAACAAGGUGUACCAUUGGACAACGAGUUCGAUGCAGAUGAUGCUAGAGCUUGCCACUGGGUUGUCUAUGCCUCGAUCAAUACCAAAACGGCAUCCGAACGGCAAGACGCAGAUGGAAACAUUGUCAGCGCAAAACAGAGCAUAACUACCUCCAAACCGAUCGGUACAAUUCGACUCGUCCCAUUUCCCCACCCACCACAUCCCGAGCCCGGCUCCUCGUAUGCAGCAGACGCGCUGGAAACCAGCUCCAUACCCUCUACCGAACCCCUCCCAUAUAUCGUCGACCGUCCCACCACUUACCACGACGGCAGCGAACCAUACAUAAAACUCGGACGUAUCGCUGUAGUCAAAGAAUUCCGUGGUUCCGGGAUCUCCAAACUGCUAGCCAGCGCAGCAAUGAGCUGGGCACAACAAAACCCAACAUAUUUCAACCCUUCAAUCAGGAAUAUGGGAAUGGAGAAGAUGGGAGCAUUAUUGUUGGACGAGAUACCUGUGUGGAAGGGUUUGAUAUGUGUCCAUGCUCAGGAACAGGUUGCGAAAGCGUGGGCGAAAUGGGGGUUUAAAGUUGAUGAGGGGAUGGGUACGUGGAUCGAGGAGGGGAUCAACCAUGUUGGGAUGUUUCAGAGGCUUAAUCUUGUGAAGCCAGAGGGUUGACUUGGGAUGACCUACGUGGAAUUCUAAGCGUACCAUUGCAUUCUGGCUUUGCAGAACGGUUGAUCACCGCACGGAAGUUAUGAAUUAUUGGCUUUGGCAGGAUGGUGUCUCAAAAUCAACGUGAGACUGAGCUUUUCCAUAGAGUAUGGUGUUUUAUGAAGUCAAAUGACAAUGCUAUUUGACAAAGUUCAGG